AUGGCAUCCAUCAUUGGCCGACUUGUGGGAGCCUUCUACCCAACUGUGGUGGCUAAACGCGACAACGCUGUCAAACUGGGUAUCCUGGGUGCUGCAAACGUUGCCCACAUGUCUCUGUUGACUCCCGCCAAGUCACACCCCGAGAUUGUUAUCCAGGCUGUAGCGGCCCGUGACCGCAAGAGGGCCGAAGAGUACGCCAAAGCCAACGGUAUCCCGGAGGUCAAAGAUUCAUAUCAAGAGAUGCUCGACGACAAGAACAUUGACGCCAUCUACAUCCCUCUCCCCACUUCGUUCCACUACGAGUGGGCUGUUCGCUGCAUCAAGGCUGGCAAGCACGUACUCGUUGAGAAGCCAUGCGUAUCCAACGCCUAUGAAGCUGAGAAACUCUUUAACCUGCCCGAGCUCUCUCAACCUAAUGCCCCUGUCAUCCUCGAAGCCUUUCAUACCCUGUUCUACCCCUCAUGGCAGUACUUUUUAUCCUUUGUCAAUCCUGAUGACAUUGAGCAUAUUCACUCACAGUCUAUGCUUCCGUGGUACUUUACAAGCAAGGACGGCAUCAUCUUUGACUACAAUCUCUCCGGCGGUGCAAUGAUUUGCAUGGGAACCUACAACUUUGCUGCAAUCCGUCAACUUUUUAGAGCUGAGCCAAUUGAGUGCUUGAGUUGUGAGACGCAGACGUUCCCAGGAGAAGGACGCGCGAAGUGCGACAUUGCCUUCAAGGCAAAGUUUCGCUUUCCCAACGGAGCCAUCGCCGACACUGAGAGUACGGUUCGUGGUAGCAGCAUUUGGACUCCUUCAAGUGUGUCCGUCACGAACAAGGAAGUCAUUGUCCCUGACAAGUCUCUCCCAAGCGGACACGAAAAGGUCAUGAAACGGGAGCUGACACUCUAUGGGUUCCUCAACGGCAUCGUAUGGCACCGCAUUGACAUCAAGGACAGGUAUACCGUCCGAUCCAACGGAAAGGUGAUCAAGACAUGGGAAGAGAAGAAAUCCCAUAAAGCGUAUACCUUCAAAGAGGCGGGCGGCAAAUUUGCCGACUUUCCAGGAGAGGACACUUGGAUUUCGUACCGACACAUGCUUGAGCAGUUUGUCAACAAGGUCAAGGGUCGUGAGACGCAGACUUGGGUGUCUGGAGAGGAUUCGAUUGGACACAUGAGGAUGAUUGACAUGGCCUACGAGAAGAGCGGGCUGGGUAUUCGGCCUACUCGAAAGUACUAG